AUGUCUUACUUGUCGAAGUUUGAUUGCAAAUCAGCUAGGGUGAAAGGAUUGGCUUUCCAUCCCAAAAGACCAUGGAUUCUUAGCAGCCUACACACAGGAAUCAUACAGUUAUGGGAUUACCGCAGUUGUACACUUAUUGAGAAAUUUGAAGGGCACGAGGGACCUGUUCGUGGUAUUGAUUUCCAUGCCAACCAGCCUUUAUUUGUCUCUGGUGGAGAUGAUUACAAAAUCAAAGUGUGGAACUACAAACAACGAAAGUGUUUAUUUAAUCUUAUUGGCCACUUGGACUACAUUAGAACGACGUUCUUUCAUAAGGAAUAUCCUUGGAUCUUGAGUGCUUCAGAUGACCAGACUAUUCGUAUAUGGAAUUGGCAGUCACGAGCCGUAGUAUCCAUUCUAACCGGACACAGUCAUUAUGUUAUGUGUGCUCAAUUCCACCCAAAGGAAGAUCUUAUUGUUUCUGCGUCACUGGAUCAAACUGUACGUGUAUGGGAUAUGUCAGGAUUGAGAAAGAAGAGUGUAGCUCCUUCUUCACUGUCAAACAUAGAGGACCAUGCAAGGCAGUUCAUGGGAUCCUCCAGUUCCGGGGGUUCUGGUCCAAACUUGUUCAGUCCAAGUCAUACGGAGUUAUUUGGAACGACGGAGGUGAUUGUUCGUCAUGUGCUUGAAGGUCAUGAUCGUGGUGUUAAUUGGGUAGCCUUCCAUCCAACACUACCUAUUGUUGUAUCUGCAGCGGAUGACCGUUUAAUAAAAAUAUGGAGAAUGACAGAGUCAAAAGCGUGGGAGUUGGACACUCUUCGUGGUCAUUAUAACAAUGUUAGCUGCGUUGUCUUUCACCCUAGACAAGAUUUACUGCUUUCUGAUUCUGAGGACAAAGCCAUCAGAAUAUGGGAUUUAGCCAAACGAACAUGUAUUUCAACUAUUCGUCGAGAUUCGGACAGAUUUUGGGUUCUAAAUGCUCAUCCCAAGCUGAAUAUAUUUGCAGCCGGUCAUGACACAGGGUUUGUGGUUUUCAAGUUGGAACGUGAGAGACCCGCAUUUACAGUAUAUAAGGAUUGUAUGUAUUAUGUUAAAUUUCCACAUCUAAGACGGGUAGACUUUACGGCCACCAAAGAUGUUCCGGUUAUUCAGCUUAGAGAAGGUCGUGGUCUGGCCGUAAGUGCUGGUUACAACUCAAUCGAAAAUGCUAUUUUAAUCCUAAGUCGGCCACGUCAAAGUGAGAUAGGACCAUCAUCUAAUAUGUCUAUAGCGAGUGGUACCAACAUGGUUUAUGACCUAUACAUGUUACCGAAAACAGUGGAUAGUGCCAGCACACAGCCGGAACAUAUUGAAAGCCGGUCAGGUACUGGAAUUUCGGUCGCCUGGAUUGGUAGAAAUAGAUUUGCAGUACUUGAGAGCUCUGGAUCAAUUGUUAUCAAAAAUCUUGCAAAUGAAAUGUCAAAAAGUCUGUGUGAUGUUGCUAAUAAACGCACUUUAGCUACUUUGAAACACACCAAAUUCAUACGCCAUGUUGUCUGGUCACCUGAUGGUCAAUAUGUAGGAAUGUUUACCAAACUGUACCUUUAUUUAUGUGAUCGACAUCUGGAGAUAAAGGCCAGUGUACAUGAAACGGUUAGAAUUAAAAGUGGAGCUUGGGAAGAACAUGGCGUUUUCAUUUACACUACAAGCAAUCAUAUUAAAUAUUGUCUUUUGAAUGGUGAUUAUGGGAUUAUCCGAACGCUUGAAUUACCUGUUUACAUUACGCGUGUUCGUGGCAAUUCAGUGUAUUGUCUGGAUCGAGAUUGCUCCCCUCUUGUAUUCACCAUAGAACCUACUGAGUUUCGUUUCAAGUUGGCACUUAUCAACCGUAGAUACGAGGAGGUCUUACAUAUGGUUCGUAAUUCAAACCUAGUUGGUCAAGCUAUAAUUGGAUAUUUAGAAAAGAAAGGAUAUCCUGAAGUUGCAUUACAUUUCGUCAAAGAUACUCGUACUAGAUUUUCUUUAGCUAUGGAUUGUGGUCAGUUGGAUGUCGGAUUAGAAGCUGCUCAAGCCUUGGAUGAUAAAGCUUGCUGGGAAAGGCUUGGUGAGCUAGCAUUGAAACAAGGGAAACUACAACUAGUUGAAAUGACUUAUCAACGUAUUAAAAACUUUGAUAAACUCACUUUCUUGUAUUUGAUAACUGGAAAUCUGGAUAAAUUAAAGAAAAUGAUGAAAAUUGCGGAAAUUCGGAAAGACACAUCAAGUCAUUACCAUAUUGCAUUACUUCUUGGUGAUGUGGCUGAACGCGUAAAGUUGUUGCGUAACUGUGGACAGAAACCUCUUGCCUAUCUUACGGCUGCAACACAUGGUCUCAGUCAAGAAGCCAAAGAGUUGGAGGAACAACUCACUUCAUUGACACUGCAAUCAGUCCCAUCUGAUGCAAAUAUAUCAUUUAUACCAGAAAUUGAUCCAAACGCCAGUCUGAUAAUCCCAUCACCACCUAUUAUUCGGCCUGAUAAAGUCACAGAAGGAGUGAAUUCUGAACCUGACUGGCCUCUUCUUAGUGUGCAGCUUGAUUUCUUUGAGACCGCUAUCGCUCAGCGACGAAACGCUGCAUUAAAAUCUUCUGAAAAGAGUGAUGAACAAGAUAAUAAAGGAAUAGGUGCUUCUCUAGCUUCGGCUGGCUUACUUUUGGAUAUGGAAGAUGUACCGGAAGGUGCCUGGGGAAAUGAUGCGAAUCUUGAAAUUGAUGAGCCAAGUGAAUUUGAAGAUACUUUGGUUACUGGUGACGCCGCAGGUUUAACAGGUACUGAUGAUAAAAAUGCAGAUGCUGGUGGUUGGGACAUUAAUGAUGCAGACCUAGAGUUACCAUCAGAUCUUCAAGGUGCUGGUAUUGUGUCAGCAACCAAGACUGACAAUUUGUUUGUCGCUCCAUCAGUUGGUCGUCCCAAUAGUUACCUUUGGAGUGAGAAUUCGUAUCUUCCCGGUGAUCAAGUAAUGGCUGGUAAUUGGGUGAAUGCAAUGCGUCUGCUCAAUGCUCAGGUUGGAGUGGUUAAUUUUGAACCCUACCGGUCGCUUUUUAUGAACAUGUAUAGUGCAUCACGUUCAGUGGGUUUGGGUUUACCGUUCACACCAUCUCAGUUUUUAUAUCCUCAGCGCAACUGGAAAAAGGUCUCACCAACAUCUGCCUUACCAGCUCCUGUAAUUAGUUUAAGUGAACUCAUAACACGUCUGCAAACAGCCUAUCAGCUGACAACCAAAGGCAAAUUUCAAGAUGCAAUCAAUCGUUUUAGAAUAAUUUUAUUAUCUAUCCCAUUAUUAGUCGUUGAUUCGCCAUCUGAAGAAGCAGAAGCACGAAGUUUGAUCAAUAUAUGUAGAGAGUAUAUUGUUGGGUUGUCAAUGGAAAUGGCACGCAAAUCUAUGCCUAAAGAUACAUUAGCUGACCAGGUAAGUAAUUCUUAUCAAUAA